GCACUCACGGGCAUGACAUCAUAUUUAGAAACUCAAGCAACUAGCUCAGUCAGCCGCAUACGUACGCCAACACAAAGGCAUGCACAUGCGCAAAUGCGAACACACACACGUAUUAUGCGUCCUGAAGUUAUGAGAUCUAAACAUAGAAUAACGAGAGACGUGGGUGGAAUUGGGGGGAGUUGGAGUGCAAGUAGAAAUAAUGCCAGAAUGGCGGAAGAGGGCGUCAGAACCGCAUUACACAGCAGACCAAAAAUGACUAGUGGUGACGAGGCACUACAAAUGAAUGUGGUACAGAAGUGGUAUCACACUCACCUAGGUGAUGGAAGGGCAGGACCCUUAGUUUCGGAGAAGGCCUCGAACCGAAUGAUCAACGGAUCUGCAAUAGUGUCCGCUUUUGGAUAUGCAAUGACAGAUAUUGCAAGUUUGCGUGCACUGCAGCUGGUGAGUGCAUCUAUGAGGGUGACAAAUUUGGCAAUCAGCUACCCAAAACCGUUGUUCCUUCAAAUGCGCUGGUCACUCCUUUUUAUCACCAUCAAUUUGGUCAAUAUAGUCAAACUGUAUCUAGAGAGCCAGUCUGUCGAUUUUUCAACCGCCGAGAGGGAGUUAUACGAGCGACACUUCAUGCCAAAAGGUGUUUCGGAACGAGCGUGUCGCCGGCUCUUUGACCACGGAGAAUGGAUGACGGUCGAAAGUGGACAGACGCUGCUACAGGAGGGCGUUGUGCAUAAUAAUCUGUAUCUAAUCUAUAAAGGCACUCUAGAUGUCAGUGUGGAUGAGCAAGUAGUGGGCUAUCUGAAUGAUGGCUCGUGGAUGGGUGAGAUGGUGUUCCUUGACAGCUCGCAGGAUAAAGCAUCUGCCACGUGCACCACCUCAGGGCCAGUGAUGGUGUUAAGGUGGGAGAUAGAUGAUCUCAGAAAUUUUCUGUCGACACAAAAGCAAGUCAAAUCACAACUGACUCUAGCCAUCGCCGAGUCGAGUAUGUCGAAGAUUCGACAAACUUCACAAAAGUUCGGGCAAGAGCACAAAAGACACCAAAAGCCUGAGAAGCAGCAGGAAAAAAAUUCCAAAGUCACUGAGGGUGAAGAAACCGUCAUCACCAUCAAAGUUCACGUUGAACCCGAAAAUUUGACAGGAAACGCUAAUUGAUCAUUGUUUGCUGUUUCUAUGUAGGACAUAUAUUUCAUCGGGUAUUUCAUGAGCCCAUCCGUUAUGAAAGCCUUGUAGUGACAUAACAACAUCGGAAUUUCACUAGUUUUAGGAAACUACUUGACGGCAUACAGUUGCUUCCUAUAGCGGUGCCUAUGUGGGGUACCCCGAGAUUUACCCAUGAUUGUAUAUUUCUAUACUGCAAUUUCGCAAAGAAGGAAACUACGCACAUACCCCCUGGCACCAGUAAAUACUGGCUUUGCGAUAUUAUUCAACCUGCCAAUAUGCAAAUCCUAAGCCAUCCGGCGUCUGAGUUCCAAUGAAAGAGUGCAUUGCCGCGAUUCUGAGAGACCAAUUGCAUGCUAUUUCUUGCAGCUUUAAAGCGAGUUAAACAUGUUACAGAAUCUCAUCGGGUCACAAACAGGGCACAACAUUUGAAAUGAACAACUCGUUCGUGCGAGGGGGUUCAACCACUAGCUUGUCAAUCAACUUAGUUCUAAUAGUGAACCGGAAAAAUAAUAAAACAAUCGACCGC